AUACGUAUUCCCCGCUCUCCAGCAGCUUCCUAGCUGGGUUUUCACCUCAGCCAGCGCUCAUGCUCAACCUAGGCAGGGCGGGGCAGGAGGGCCUAGCGGGAGGCGGAGCGAGGGUUGGAGGGCGACGCCCCGGACGUCUGCUAGGUCUGAGACGCGCCGGCCUCCCGCUGCUGCUCCGGAGAAGCGGCGCCUCCUCCCCGCCAGGACCCCGAGGCGGGGGGUUCCCGCCUUCUCCUCUGAGCGCCUCUUCCCGCUGCGCCCGCAUCAGUCUGGGCCUGGCCCAGGGUCCCCGGUGGAGACGUGUUUUUUUCUCCAACCACCGUGCCCCUCUGUUUAAAAGCAGCCAGUCAACCUUUGUGUCCUUUCUCCAGAAGGAAAAGCAUCUCAGCUGUUGUGGAAAAGGGCCCCAGCGUCCUCUGGUCACCGACAGGGCGAUUGCAGUGCGUUCCGGUCAUUUUUUCUAGGACACUUUCUGUCUUCAUGACAGGAACAUCGAGAAGCCAAGGCUGGUGGCUGGGUUACGGAUGGAUUACUGAUGGAUUCUUCUCAGCACUUAGUGACCUUUGAGGAUGUGGCUGUGGACUUUACCCAGGAGGAGUGGACUUUGUUGGAUCAAGCCCAGAGAGAUCUCUACAGAGAUGUGAUGUUGGAGAACUACAAGAAUCUCAUUAUACUAGCAGGGUCUGAAUUAUGCAAACUUAGUCUCAUGUCCGGAUUGGAACAAAUGGAAGAGCUGAGGACAGGAGUGACAGGAGUUCUGCAGGAAUUGGAUUUGCAACUCAAAACCAAAAUCUCCCCACUGCUGCAAGAUAUUUCUGCAGAAAGAUCACCAAAUGGAGUACAAUUGGAGAGAAGCAAUACUGCAGAGAAACUGUAUGACUCUAACCAUUCUGGAAAAGUCUUCAAUGAACACCCAUUUCUUAUGACUCACAUGAUAACUCACAUUGGAGAGAAAACUUCUGAGGAUAAUCAGAGUGGAAAAGCCUUAAGAAAGAACUUUCCUCAUAGUUUUUACAAGAAAAGUCAUGCUGAGGGGAAAAAGCCUAAGUGUGUUAAACAUGAAAAAGCCUUCAACCAGUUUCCAAAUCUUACUAGGCAGAAUAAAACUCACACACAAGAGAAAUUGUGUGAAUGCAAAGACUGUUGGAGAACUUUUCUUAAUCAGUCAUCCCUUAAGUUACAUAUAAGAUCUCACAAUGGAGACAAACACUAUGUAUGUAAGGAAUGUGGGAAAGCCUUCAGUAAUUCCUCACACCUUAUAGGACAUGGAAGAAUUCACAGUGGAGAGAAGCCCUAUGUCUGUAAAGAAUGUGGUAAAGCUUUCACUCAAUCCACAGGACUUAAAUUACACAUCAGAACUCACAGUGGAGAAAAACCAUAUAAAUGUAAAGUGUGUGGGAAAGCCUUCACCCAUUCUUCAUACCUUACUGAUCAUACAAGAAUUCACAGUGGAAAGAAGCCCUAUGUAUGUAUGGAAUGUGGAAAAGCCUUCACUAGAUCCACAGGACUUAUUUUACACAUGCGAAUUCACACUGGAGAAAAGCCAUAUGAAUAGACGAGGUUUCAUCAUGGUGUCCAGGCUGGUGUCAAACUCCUGACUUCAGGUGAUCCACCCACCUUGGCCUCCCAAAGUGCUGGAAUUACAGACGUGAGCCACCACACCCGCCUUUGAAAUACUGUUUCUAAAAGGUAUAUGGAAGAACAAUAGGCAAGGAUAAUCAAGACCCAGCUGAUAAAAAAGGUGGAAGAACUUGCCCUAAUGAAUAUCAAGAUUAAAACUAUAGUAAUUAAGAUGCUGUUGCAUUGUACACAGACAACUAGACUAUUGGUACAAAAUAGUCUGGAAAUAGUCACGUGUAUUAGUCUGUUCUUGAGUUGUUAUAAAGAAAUACCUGGCUGGUCAUGGUGACUCAUGCAUGUAAUCCCAGCACUUUGGGAGGUGAUCCACCCACCUCGGCCUCCGAAGUGCUGGGAUUACAGGCAUGAGCCACUGCACCCCGCAAGAUCUCAUUUUACAGUAAUGUUACAUGCAUCCGUAUAAGAGACCACCUGAGCAGGCUUAGUGUGAGCAACAAGGCUGUUUAUUCACUAGGGUACAAGUGGGCUGAGUUUGAGAAAGGAGUCAGUGAAGAUGGUGGGAUUAUCAUUGGUUCUUAUAGAUUUGGGAUAGGCGGUGGAGUUAGGAGCGACUUUUUUUGUGGGCAGGGGAUGGAUGUUAUGAAGUACAUUCUCAAGAGUGGGGAGGAUGUUACAGAGUACAUUCACAAGGGUGGGGAGGAUGUCUUGUCCCAAAGGCAGGGAGGAAUGUUACAAAGUGCAUUCACAAGGGCGGGGAGGAUGUUACAAAGUACAUUCACAAGGGCGCGGAGGGUGUAUUGUCACAAGGGAUGGGAGGAAUGUUACAAAGUACAUUCAGAAGAGCAGGGAGGGUGUUGCAAAUUACAUUCACAAGGGUGGGGAGGAAUGUUACAACGUACAUUCACAGGACAAGGAAUAUCACAAAGUACAUUAUCACAAGGGUGGGGGAAUGUCACAAUGGUUUGACCAUGGUGCGGCCAGCUCAGAGGACCUUACAUUCCUGUUUUUUUAUGUUAAUAAGAAAUAAAAAUAAUAAAUAAAAUAAGAAUAGUGAAAACUUGGGGUGAAAUUUUGGGGCUAUAUGGAGGAGUGAUGGGUGACGUUUCUCAGGGCUGCUUUGAGCAGCAUUAGCGGUGGUGUGGGAACCUAAAGUGGGAGAGAUUCGACUGAAGUAAGAUUUUGGGGUAAGGGGUGAUAUUGUGGGGUUGUUAAAAGCAGCAUUUGUUGUAUAGAGUGAUUAGUGAUAGCCUGGAUGCAGUUUUGUAGGAAUUGAGAGAUUAAUCAGAAGACACAAGGCCUCAAUAAGAGAAGGAGGAAGACAGGUAUUAGAGAACUAACGAUUGGAAGACGCCAGGAUACCCAGUUAGAGAGUGGCCAGGUGGGUCCAGCAUAAUUAGUUGCCUGACUAGCGAGGUUUUGAGCUCUGUUUUUGAGUUUUUUGACGUCAUCAUAUACCAGGCCAGACUGAUUAAAGUAAAACAAACACUCUUCAUUAAGAAAUAUACAGAGUCCUCCUUUUUCAGCAGUGAGUAGAUCGAGGCCUUGGCAGUUCUGGAGGACAACUGCAGCUAAAGUGUCAACCUGGGCUUGGAGGACAGAUAAAGAUUGUGAUAUAUCUGUAAUGCUAAACAGAGAAGUCAUUAGAGAGGCUGCAGGAUGGUGUGACAGAGGUUGAGAUAGCUGCUAUUCCAGUUCUAAGUGCAAUAGUGAAGGCAGAAAUUCCUAGACCCACAAGUAAAGGGAUUAAUGGGAUGACUCUUUUUUGUCAUGUUGGUGUCAUGAGGGGGACAGGCAGUUGUUCGUUCCCGUUUGCAAACUGGAUUUUGGGGGUAAGGAAGACUAGAGUACAUGUGCCCAUCCAGUUGGCAGGUGUACGUGGAAGAACCACAGAAAAAUAAGAGACCUUGUGUCAGGCAUAACUGGAAAUGUAAAGUGAAAAGGUGAGAGGGUGUAGGGAAAGAGGAGUCCUGCACCCAAAAUCCUAGAGAUCCAGCAAGGGCAGCAGCCGUUAGAGGUUGUAAUGGGGAUUGAUGGUGCAACUGCGUAGAGGGAAGGUUCAGUUCUCAUGGUGUAUAAGAAAGCACAUAGUAUCUGUGAGUAUUCUUUCACUACUAUUCAUGGGGCUGGGUAUAAGCAAGCAAGAGGAGGGGCCAGGAGGAGAGUCAAAUGAGCAGGGCGAGGGUAGCCAAAGAUGGAGUGAGAUGCAGGGUAGGUGUCUUCCUAAGCAUUAGUGACUGCCAAUGUUUUUUAGUUUGUCAGUAAUGAUAGAGAGCUUAUCAGUAAUGUGAAGUUGGAAUGCUCCCAUCUGUUUGGUAGUGUGUGUGGCUUGGUCCUGGAGAUAAAGAGUAAAGGAACAUUUGGAUGGUGGAAGGUUUCCUAAAGGGAUUCCAGUAGGCUGUUUUUGGGAGAAGCAUAAAGGAGCGGCAACAGGGAUAGUUGUUUGUGUGGUUAGGGGUCCAAAUAUGGGGGGGAGUGGAAUUGACAUAAAGAGAAAGGUGCUGUAAGUAGAUGCGGAGAAGUGUGGCCACUUUUUAAUGUGAAAUCUCUGGGGAGUUCUCACCAAAUCUGUCUAGAAAGUAAAGAAGUUCCUCAGGUGGGUAAAGACAAGGGCUAUUAAAGAAGGUUCAGAGGUGCAGGGAGACAGGAGAGGUAGCUCAGUAAGCCUGUAGAGCGGGGACGGCUGCAUAAGAGCAGGAAGAAAGGGAAAUGCAUAGCCAACAAUUUUUUACUAGAGAAGGAUUGGAGGCAGUGAGGAGAGAGUGGGUGAGAUUGAUACUAUGCUGGAGGUAACUAGGCAGAGGUAGAGAGUGACUGGAGAAUAGGGGCAAGGAUAAGAGUGAGUAGAAAAGUAAAAAAAAAAAAAAAAAAGAA